AUGGACGAGAACGAGGAACUGCGCACAACGGAGCUGGAGGCCCUCGAGGCCAUCUACCCGGAAAUCAGACGACCUGAUGCCAAGGACCACUUCACCUUUGAAAUCGACCUGCCCGUGCAGCCCGCCGCGCCUGUCACCGUCACCUUUCCGGCCGCUGCCACGGGCAACGAUGUAGACACGGGCGUCAUCAACCCAGUCGCAGACGCCGACUCCCUUCAGGUGUCGCAUCUUCCCGCGCUGCGUCUCCGCAUCACGCUGCCUGACGGCUAUCCCUCAGACAAGCCCCCCGAGGUCUACAUCUCCACAGAUCCGCAGUGGUUGCGGCAAGAGACCCUGGCGUCACUCUCGAGUGACGGACCGAGGCUAUGGGAGGACAUGGGUCGGGACAUGGUCGCGUACACGUACAUUGACCACGUCCAGAGGGCUGCGGACGACGUCUUUGGCGCCAUCAGCGAGCAGGGCACCCUCGAGGUCGAUGCGCAGUACAAGCUGGCCGUGCUGGACUACGACAUCAAGUCCAAGGCAGCUGCCUUUGACCGCGAAACAUUCGAUUGUGGUAUAUGCCUAGAUCCCAAAAAGGGCACCAAGUGUCACAAGAUGCUGGACUGCGGACACAUCUUCUGCCUGCAGUGUCUACAAGACUUCUACAAUGAUGCCAUACAGCAAGGCAGCAUCGGCACAGUCCGCUGUCUGAUGCCCAGCUGUGCCAAGGAGCGCUCCGCGGCACAACAAGCGACGGACGCCAAACGGCCCAAGAAGCCCAAGACAUCCAUCAGCCCUAGCGAGCUUCUCCAAAUCGGCCUUACGGAAGACACUGUGAAGCGCUACGUCAUGCUCAAGUACAAGACAGAGCUCGAAUCCGACAAGAACACAGUCUACUGCCCGCGGCAGUGGUGCAACGGCGCGGCGCGGUCCAAGAAGCACAAGAAGCCCACAGGUCUUGACUAUGAGGAUGCCUCGGACGCAGAGUCGGAUCAGGACGAUGAACAAGCCAUGAGCAAGACGUACGACCGCGCGGAGCGACUGGCCAUCUGUGAGGAUUGCGGUCUGGCCUUUUGCAGCCGCUGUCUGCAGACGUGGCACGGGGAGUUCGUGGUCUGCGCACCGAGGCGCGCAGACGGGGAACUCACCGAGGAGGAUAAGGCCUCGCUCGAAUACCUCCAGCUGCACACCAGUCCCUGCCCGACGUGCAGCGCGCCUGCGCAGAAGACACACGGGUGCAACCACAUGAUCUGCUCGCGCUGCGAGACGCACUUUUGCUACCUGUGCUCCGCCUGGCUGUCCCCUGGGAACCCGUACCAGCACUACAACGAGCAGCCCGGCGGCAAGUUCACUUCGUGCUACAUGCGUCUGUGGGAGCUCGAGGGCGGCGAUGGUGACGACGUGGGCCUGGGCUUCCUUGGAGGCAACCGCUUGCCGCAGGAGGCCGCGAAUAACGACGAGGCUGUUGUGGAGGAGGCCCCUCAGCCCAUCCGCAUGCCGGACAUCGAUCGUGGAGACCAGCCUGCGAGGCCGCAGCUCCUCCAUGAGAAUGGUCGCCCCGUGGCCGUGGCCCGCGAAGCACCUCUCGUUCUACGUCUGGGCAUCGAUCCCAACAACCCGCCUCGUCCGCCGCCGCCACCAGUACACCAGGCUGCUGUGCCACAGGCACCCGUGGUGGCGGGUCGAGGGCGAGGACGAGGCGCUGCGCAAGGUCGAGGUGGUCGUGGACGAGGAGGGCGCGGAGGAGGCGCAGAACGCGGUCGGGGCAGAGCUCGACCUCAGCCUGCCAUGCGUGUACUCAACAACGGUAACCAUGGCAUGAUGCACGACGGGCUGGACGCAGCACAGCAGGCUUGGAUACGCCAAUUUGUGGAGAUGGCCCUCUUGGAUGAGGAGGACAUGAUUGCGGAGGACGGACUCGGAGACGACGCUGCCUUCUUCAUCCGGUGA